UGUAUGCGGUGGGAUCAGACGUGUUUGUUUUAUGAUCGCAGUAUGAUUGUCUCUCUGCAUUCUUUCCUCCGUUGCUUGUGAUUCUACAAUCUCUCCAUCCGGAGCUUUGAAACGCAGUCUCCUUAAUGGCGCAUUGCAGAUCCAGAUUUAUCUUUUUAACCUAUUUAUCAAUCUUACUCAUUGCUACUGCCGCGAAGAGUUACUAUGAUAUACUUCAGGUUCCCAAAGGUGCGUCGGACGAUCAGAUUAAACGCUCCUAUAGAAAGCUCGCCUUGAAAUAUCAUCCUGACAAGAACCAAGGAAACGAAGACGCUAACAAAAAAUUUGCCGAAAUUAACAAUGCUUAUGAAGUGUUAUCAGACAGUGAGAAGAGGAGUAUCUAUGACAGAUAUGGCGAAGAAGGUCUCAAACAGCAUGCUGCUGGUGGCGGAGGGGGAGGAGGAAUGGAUAUUCAAGACAUAUUCAAAUCAUUUUUUGGUGGUGGAGGAGAUCAMGAAGAGGAGGAGCGAGUGGCAAAAGGUGAUGAUGUAAUUGUUGACUUGGAUGCAACAUUGGAAGAUUUGUACAUGGGAGGAUCACUAAAGGUUUGGAGGGAGAAGAACAUCCUAAAGCCUGCUCCAGGAAAAAGACGCUGUAACUGUCGGAACGAGGUUUAUCACAGGCAAAUCGGUCCAGGGAUGUUCCAACAGAUGACAGAGCAGGUCUGCGAGCAGUGCCCUAAUGUAAGGUAUGAAAGGGAAGGGAAUUUUAUCACCGUGGAUAUUGAGAAAGGAAUGCAAGAUGGGCAGGAAGUGGUGUUCUAUGAGGAGGGUGAACCAAUUAUAGAUGGUGAAGCUGGAGAUCUGAAGUUCCGCAUUCGCACGGCAACACAUGACAGGUUUAGGAGGGAAGGCAGCAACCUUUACACAACUGCUACAAUAACUUUGGCACAAGCACUUGUUGGCUUUGAGAAGACUGUUACACACCUUGAUGAACAUCUAGUAGAUAUUGGCACAAAGGGAAUUACAAAACCAAAGGAGGUGAGGAAGUUCAAAGGUGAAGGGAUGCCGUUGCAUUUUAGCAAUAAGAAGGGUGAUCUGUAUGUUACUUUUGAAGUUCUUUUCCCUACAUCACUAACAGACGAACAGAAGACGAAGCUCAAAGCCAUUCUUGGUUAGGAUCCAUGUACAAUAUCCACAAUUGUAAAAUGAGGAGGCUGGCCCAUAGAUUUUUCUUCAUUUCAGUCGUGUUUUCAAUCACAUUAAGCGGCUUGUAUUUUCCAGGAUGCAAGGACCUCCUUUAGGUUACAACUUACAACCUUUUUAUUUUCUUAAAUUCCYUCUCCGUAAAAUUGGAAUAUAUAAUUUUGUUACUCUUUAAACAAUGAGGUUCUAUYGAAAUGUGAUCAUUUGUACCU